AUGAGUGCGAGUGGAUCUAGCAAGAAACAAUGUGUUACAUGCAGUAAAGGCGCAGGUAUUUUCACAUGCGAUGGGUGCCAACAAGCAUUUUGUACGAAACAUGUUAGUGAACAUCGACAAGAACUCAAUGGACAAUUAGAUAACAUUAUGCAGGAUUGUGAUUUGUUACAACAAGAAUUAUUAGAACCAUCAUCGAAGAAAAAUCCAGUAUUGCAGGAAAUCGAUGAAUGGGAAAAAAAUUCAAUUGCAAAGAUUCAAGCUGCUGCUGAAACUGCACGAACAGCUUUGAAAGAGCUACUUGAGCAAUCAAAAGAGAGAGUUUCAAAAGUAUUUCUAAAUAUUGCAGAAAAUCUUCGGUCAUCUCAUGAAGCUGACGAUUUUUCUGAAAUUGACCUUGAUCUAUGGAAAAAGAAAUUGAAAGAACUUCAAGCAGAAAUUGAAUCACCAUCGUCAGCUAUGUUAAUACAAAACAAACGUACCCCCAUUUAUCUGAUGAAACUGGAAGUUAAUGAUGCCUCCAAAGCUCAACAGGAAGAAAACAAAGGUUCUAGAUUCGCAAAACGCUCCAAUGAUACGCAUUUACAAGAACAAUUCUUAGAAAAAUUGGGCGCUGUUCUUAUUGCAACAGAUGGUUAUCUUGCUACGCAUGGUGACACUAAGUCAGAGUUUGUAUACCUUAGAGGUCGAUUAGCCUACUCAGCAGGUUGCUAUGCGAUCCGAUUUAAAAUUGAAAAUUUCACAAACCCUUAUCGCAUUUUCAUUGGUUGUAUGUCAUCUAAAGUAGAUUUAAAGAAAGAUAUUUUUAGAAGUUCUAGUUGCGUAGGAUGGUUCGGAUAUAAUCAAGUCUAUACAAAUGGAACUUGUAUUAGCAAUUGCCAAAAGACAGGGUAUUACAGUGGUAAAAUACAAGUCAAUGAUGUUUUGCAACUUAUACUCGAUUGCACAAGUAAACAGAUAAGACUGCGUCAUGAACGUUUGAAUACUGUAUGUACUCUUAUGGUCAACGAAAAUUUAAGUCCGUUUCCUUGGCAAGUUUUAAUUAUAUUAGGUGGUCCUGGCGAUACUGUUCGAAUUUUACCUAAUGCAUAA